AAAAGUAAGAGCCAAGUCUCUUCUUCUCAGCCUAAACUUGUUCCCCUAAUAACAAGAAUAAACUGAAAAAUCAAAAAAUCAAAUCAAAGCAAAACCACAGAUUCGAUUGAUAUUUUUGCCUGUCCAAAUUCCCCCAUUUAAUUCAUGGGAAAAGACAGCUUUUUUUCUAGUAAUUCCUCUACCAUUAGUUUGAUUUUAUUUUGAAGAGGGAAAAAAAGAAAAAUCUGCAGUCCCUUUUCUUCCUUAUUUUUAGGGUUUUUAUUCUUCAGUUGAACUUAGAUGAUGUGUGAAGAGAUUCUUCCUCUGUUCUUCUCUGCAUCAGAUGGAAGAUAACAAUCCUCCCAAGGAUUACUAUAAGAUCCUUGAAGUUGAUUAUGAUGCUACUGAGGAGAUGAUCAAGCUGAAUUAUCGGAAGCUUGCAUUGAAGUGGCAUCCUGAUAAGCACAAUUGUGAUACUGUGGCUACUUCGAAAUUUCAAGAGAUUAAUGAAGCUUAUAAUGUACUAAUGGACCCUGCUUUACGUUUUGAGUACGAUUUAACCGGUAUUUACGAGAUUCACAAGUAUACAUUGCGGGAAUAUCUCGCUAGGUUUAAGGGAAUGAUACUCACUUGCAAUGGACUCGGCAUCAGUCACUCCUCAUCACCAUGGACACAACAAUUGGCGGAUGGCAAUAACACAACAGAUGAGCAAGGUUCCAAUCUAGUUUACUCCGUUUUUACCGCUAAAAGCGAUUCUCUUCUUCCAGGCUUUUAAAUCUCCAUCAUCAGUUGAUGUCUCGCUUAUCACCGUUUAAACAGGAUACUGUAUAAACUGAAGAAGAAACAGAGCUCUGCAACCUUUGGUUACAGAACUCAAAAAAGGCAUUAUUAUUCCGCCUCACCAGAGAUAAGUUACCAGGCGCGGAAAUAUAGUGGUACACCUUAUGUAUAUGUCCAGGAUAUAACAGCUUUGGAAGGAUGUAUGUAUGUUUAGAAAGAUGAUUGGUACAAUAAGGAAGAAACAUUAUCUGGCAAAUGUAAUAUUUAGCUUCACAGUGUUGUGGGUAUAAGCCUUGUACUCUGUAUAGUAUCAUCAUUCAUGGGGUCACGCGUAGAAUAGACAGACAUCAAAGUGAAGCUUCAACCAUUGUUAUGUGUUUGAGGGUUUUAUAGCUUCUCCUUAUUAUAUAACAAGAAAAUGUAUUUCUUACAUUUGUGUGUUUGGAAUUAAGUUGUGGUGUGUUUUUUUGUUCCGUCA